AUGAAUUCAAAAUUUGUCGUCUUUUUGUGUACUUUAUUCACUGUUGCCCUCUUCGCUGAAGCAUUAAUAUUAGAUAAACGUGACGCUGAAGCAGAUGCGAAUCCAAACCCCUACUAUUUCUAUUAUUACAAACGCGAUGCUGAAGCAGAGGCGAACCCAAACGCCUACUACUACUACGAACGUGAUACUGAAGCAGAUGCGGAAUUUAUCCAUGAAAUUCCGCAAUCACCACUUGAUGACAGUUAG